AUGUUUACUACCUUCGACCUUCGCAACCCCGGACGCUCAAUUCAUGUCGGCGUUGUCUUGCUCAAUACCGUAACCGAGCACCUUGACAUCGCCCCUAUCGGUUUCUUCCACAACUUUGGCAAAGACUUCAUCGAGAAUCUCCCACCCUUCGCCAUCUCCCCCGAACUCAAAUCCCAAGCCCUAGACUUCGUCACCCACUGGGUCACCGAAGAUGGCAAGACACCCGGUUCUCUGAGCGGAAACCUCAAAGUCAUCCCCACGGACUCCUUCACCACCUGCCCGCCCCUUGACAUCGUGCUCAUCGGAGCCGGCCAAAUGGGGUACCAAGCCACCACCACUGAGAAAGACUUUCUCCGGAAGUGCUAUGCGGAAUGUUCGGCGUUCCUGUCUGUUUGCGGCGCAUCAGACGCCCUUCUAGCGACGGGCAUCCUGGAAGGCAAGACGGCUACAGGUCCACUUUCGUUCUUGCCGUUGUUUCGCCAAAUGGCACCUGGAACGAACUGGGUGGAGAAGAGAUGGGUAAGGGAUGGGAAGAUCUGGACUACGGGGACGUUGUUGAAUGGGCUGGAUAUGAUUGCUGCGUUUGGGCGGGAGGUCUGGGGUGGUGAGGGGUCGUUGGUGGAACAUGUGCUUAGGACGGGAUAUUUUCCGAGCAGGAAUGUGGAUUAUGAGGAUGAAGUCCCACUUGAAGGAAUGCCGUUCCAACAUAGAGUACUGAGAAGAGGCCACGGUGACGGAGAAGAGACAUUGUUGAUUCCAUUCAGGUAG